AAGAGGACAAAGGUCUUUGCGGCCAAAACAACCCAACGACGAUGGCAGAGUCCGUAAAACGACAAGUUUUCAUUCAAAAUUUUCUUGCACGCAAUUGGCUCUUACUUUCUUCGAAAUCUUCACUGCACAAUGCAACGUUCAAGUUCAACCAAACCAACAACUUAAAAGGGAGAAUAGAACCCAUUUCAUAAGUUUAAGGACAAAAGUAUUUGAACUUUCUCUACUUCCUUUUAUCUUCAGGUUCUUUUUGACACAUUUUCUCUCAUCCCAAACAGCCAAUUCUCGGAUUCAAAUAGCUCGGAAAUAUGCCAAAUUGGGAACUUAAGAACUGCUGUCAGCACGACCAGGUCGUCUUCCUGGUCACCAUCGGUGUCUUCUCCCUUGUUAUCCUCGCGCUAUGGAGGACAAUACUAAUGACGCCUUUUAAGCUUAUCACUGUAUUUUUGCAUGAAGCAAGUCAUGCAAUUGCGUGUAAACUCACGUGCGGUCAGGUGGAGGGGAUUCAGGUUCAUGCAAAUGAAGGUGGGGUGACACAAACACGGGGUGGUGUAUAUUGGUUGAUCUUGCCUGCCGGAUAUCUUGGUUCAUCAUUUUGGGGAAUGGCUUUGAUACUUGCAUCCACAAAUCUCACUACUGCAAGAAUAGCAGCAGGUUGUCUUGCUGUUGCUUUGCUGGUAGUGCUCUUUGUUGCUAAAAAUUGGACACUUCGAGGUCUUUGUAUCGGAUUCAUUAUUUUCCUUGCUAUUAUUUGGCUAUUGCAAGAAACAACAAAAGUACGGAUUCUUCGAUAUGUCAUUCUCUUCAUUGGAGUAAUGAACAGUCUGUUCUCAGUUUAUGAUAUUUAUGAUGAUCUAAUAUCUAGAAGAGUCCACUCUAGUGAUGCUGAGAAGUUUGCAGAAAUUUGCCCCUGUCCUUGUAAUGGUGUUGGUUGGGGAAUUAUUUGGGGAAUGAUAUCAUUUAUUUUUCUAUGUGGUUCUAUAUAUCUUGGACUUCUCAUCUUAUCUUGAGGUUCAGAAUCAGGAUCAAAUAUUUUCUUGAUGAAAUGGAGGGGCGUCUGUGUACUAUUCACAAUUGGCACCUUUUAUCUCUUGCUUUCUUCACUUGUGUGAAACGUUGUCAUUUUGAUUCAACAGAUGCUCAGUAGAGCUUUUUCCUGUGUAGUUUGAGACAUGGCUCAUUCUUUUAGCCCUUUUUAUUUGGGGUAUUUUAACAAACAAUCUAUGAUUCAUUUGUACAGACACACCAAUUUACUGAAUUUCAAUGUACAAUCCAUUUACUGGCGGUGCUAUUA